CUGAUCCGUUCAUAGAUCGGGGGUUUCCGGGGGCUGCGAACAGACAGACUGCCGGGGACAGGCGGACAGGCACAGCGGCAACUGCAUCGGGGCUCGCUCAUCAUGAAUUGCCUUUGGACUCUGGGAUCCCUUGUGGCCCUGGAUGUUACCACCGUGUACUUUCUGGGGUUUAACGAACCCCAAAUAAUGGCCCUGGCACACUGGGUCUGGGUAGUAGGCCUUUUAAGACUAUUCGUAUUGACCCUUGGGAAGCACGUGUUCGGCUGCUGCUCCAAACUCCCCUGGUGGCUUCAGGGAGACCCAAUUCCAGUGCCACACGUUGUCCUAAGUUUCCUUAUCCCGACAUGCGCCGCCGCGUCCCAGUUUGUGUCCCCACGGAUCAGCUCGGAAAUCCUUUACAGCUGGAGACACUGGGACAUCUUACUGUUCUGUUACCUUAGCACCCUGGCCUCGGCCAUCUUGUUGCACCACCUGUGGCCUCAUGCUGAGGAGGAAGGAGAUGGCCCUGAUGCCGUGUCGUCUGGUUCCGUGACUCGCUUGUUGAAACUCUUGUGGCCUUGCAAACUUAGGUUUCUAUUUGUGUUAAUAUUCCUGAUAAUUGGAUCGUGGGGGGAGAUGUCUCUGCCUUCCUACACUGGACGUAUGACAGACUGGAUCCUAAAUAAGGAGGACCCCUCGAUGUUCAAAAAUGCCAUCAUAGCUAUGAGUAUGAUCACCAUCUGCAGUGCAGUUUCUGAAUUCAUAUGUGACUAUAUCUACAACAAUACCAUGAGCUUGAUCCACAUCCAUACCCAGGGGCAGCUUCUACGCUCCGUCCUGAGGCAGGAAAUUGGGUUCUUUGAUUCUGUCCCCACAGGUGACAUCAUAUCUCGCGUUACCACCGAUAUCAAAGUCAUGAGUGAAUCUCUGAGCCACCAGUUAAGCCUGUUUAUUUGGUACUUCAUGAGGGCGGCCUUCCCCACGAUCUACAUGUUUAACUUGUCUCCAAAGCUGACAGUCUUUUCUGUGCUGUGCCUGUGCAUCAUCAUGAUUGCGCCACAAUUAUCGGGGACAUUUUUACAGAAACUAGGAGCGAAAAUCCAGGAAUCUUCUUCAAAAGCCAACCAGGUGGCUCUGCAGACUUUCUCCAACAUGAAGACGGUGCGGAGUUUUGCGAAUGAGGAGGGCGAGUGUCAGCGCUAUGAAAGUAUGUUGCAUGAUACCUACCAGCUCAACAAGAUGGAGGCUCUUGCCUAUGGGUGCACCAAUGUGGCCAACAGUUGUUUGGGUCUGGCUCUGAAAGUCUUAAUUCUGUACUUUGGUGGCCGUUUAGUGACGAAUGGAGAAGUCAGCGGAGGGGAACUGGUGUCUUUUGUCCUCUACCAAAUGAGUUUUACAUACGCUGUUGAGGUUCUGCUCAGAACAUACCCUGAGGUCAAGAAAGCUGCAGGGUCCUCAGAGAAGGUUUUUGAAUACAUGGACCGCACCCCACAGAUGCCGAUAUCAGGAUCUUAUGUCCCCACCAAUCUGCAGGGACACAUUGAGUUCCAGAAUGUGACGUUCUCGUACCCUAAAAACCCAGAUACCCCAGCCCUGCAGGGUCUGUCCUUCAGACUGUUUCCAGGUCAAGUGACUGCGCUGGUGGGUACCUGCGAUGCCGGAAAGUCUACGGUAGUGCAGCUGCUGCUACGGUUUUAUGAACCACAGAACGGAAAGAUAUUAAUGGACGGGAAACCAUUGGCAGAAUAUGACAACCAUUUCUACCGCAGCAAGGUAUCGGUGGUGAGCCAGGAGCCGACCCUCUCUUCCCGUUCUCUGCAGGACAAUAUUUCUUAUGGGAUGGAAAAUGUCCCGCUAAGCUCAGUCCAGGAAGCAGCCAAGGUGGCCUACACACAUGACUUCAUUACCAAGCUGGAUAAUGGCUAUCAGACAGAUGCUGGACAGAAAGGUGGGCUGCUCUCCGGGGGGCAGAAACAGAGGGUAGCAUUAGCAAGAGCCAUUCUAAGGGACCCAAAGGUCCUCAUCCUGGAUGAUGCCACCAGUUCUCUGGAUGUAGAGAGUGAGAAGAAGGUGCAGGGUGCGAUAUACGACAAUGCCCGGCAAAGGAGUGUCCUGCUCAUCUCCCACCGCAUGCACAGCGUGCAGAGGGCAGACCGCAUCCUGGUGCUAGAAGGGGGUCGGAUCGUAGAAGAGGGGACACAUGAACAGCUGAUUGCUCGGAAGGGCAGCUAUUGUAAACUCUGGAACAAUCAGAACACGAGUUACCAACGAGGGAACGGAGGAGGAGAGGAAACUCAGUGAUUAGCCUUUCAUGUAUUACUGUCCUGAUCUUGAGCCAAGCAGACCUGGCUUAAGAAUGAAUUGUGUGCCAGUGAUGGGCCGUAGGAACCCCUUUGUGUUUAAUUGGGCUUCUCUGUGACAUUCGAGAAAACAGGAUGUGAUGCAAGCAUCCCGCUAGUGUGCACAGCGUGUGAUGUCACACCCUCUAGUGUCACACUGGAGCCAUUCUAAAUACGAUGAGUGUCCCUGACCCUGAUAUGUAGGAUUUCAAUGCACCGUGAUGUGACCACAUUUCCUAUAUAUAUAUAUAUAUAUAUAUAUAUACAAUAUAUACGUCUUUACUAAUCGCCACAUUUAUGGUUGCUAAGGUCUAUAAUACUAAGGGGUACAAUUAAUAUUGGAGGUUACCUUUGUAUAGUAAACUGUAGCUUCUAUUUGCUUUUAUAUUUGCUAAUGUUUUCAUAAUGUAUGUAACGCAAUAAAAUGUUACUAUUUUGAUGUGUGCCUUUUUUUUCUUGUAUUAGGUUCCACUGGUAGACCAAUUUUCCAUGCUUAGGUCAGAAUAAGAACAAUUCAUAGACCUGGUCGAACCACAUAGUCUUCCCUUGAGCUUAUAUUUAACAUUCUACAUUUACAUGCUUGUUACAGAAGCCACUGAUAUCAUUAUGCACUUAUUUAUUGUAAAGUGUGACGAUGUAAUUAAAGAAAUAAAUAAUAAACCGUAUACAUAUGUUUGAAUUUUAAAUAAACUUUUCCGUCAAUAUCAAA